CACACUUAUAGUUACAACAACAACAACAACAAGAGCAAAUAUGUUCUUUAAAUUUUUCAUCCUAAUUUUUACCAGAAUGAUAGUUUGACAAUACAGAAGUUAAAAAGUGGAAACUAGAAGUUAAACUAGAAGUUAAAUAGUUGAAGGAAGAUGGAACUGUUAUCUCUUCUGGUGGUAUACUGUGCUCUAUUUAUUGUGGGCUCAUUGUGUUUACUGUACAGAGAUUCGGCAGUCUUAUCUUCAGGACCUAUUGGUGUUCUGAGACAAAGUUUAACAGAGAGUGUGGAGAGACUAGUUCCUAGAAGUAUUCAGAAUUUACUUCACAGACUUUGCACUUACCUGUUGUAUACAAGGAACUGUGCAUUUCAGUUGAUAUUUCUUGUGUUAUGUGUAUUAGCCCAUCUAGUAUGGCUGGUGGACAUGAUUCCAAUACUGUAUCAUCAUUACCCGAAUUACAACCAUACCCUUUGGCCGUUUGUGGCUCUGUUCAGCAAUUAUUUCUGCUGGCAUAUGGCAUGGACAGGUGAUCCAGGGGAGAUCAAACCAAAUAAUGUUAAUGAGUAUAUGCAGAUAUAUAAACCCGAUGGUAUGUUAUAUGAAGGCAACAAAGUUUGCUCCACCUGCAAUUUUAAGAAACCAGUCAGAUCCAAACACUGUGCCAUAUGUAACAGAUGUGUACAUAGAUUUGACCACCAUUGUAUCUGGACCAAUAAUUGUGUAGGUGGUCUGAAUCAGCGUUACUUUAUUAUGUUCAUGGUCACGUUACUGGCCAUGUUUCUACAAGGUAUAUAUGUAGGUACUGGGUGUGUACUACAAUAUGCAGACGACAUUAAACUGUACAAAGCUUCGUAUGUAGAUGAUGACGGCACCGUUAAAUCCAUGACAGUUUAUGUAGCAUUUCAGCAUUUAUUCAUGGCCCUGCCUCGUCUAGUCUUCCUCAUCAUUGCCUGUGUUGUAUUGUCAGUAUUAGUAGGUAUUUUCCUGUCACAUCAUCUGUACCUUAUCUUCACAAACCAGACUACAAAUGAGAGAUAUAAACUACAGGAUCUUCUGCUGCAACAUGCAGACGACACCGUCACUGAUGACACCGUCACUGAUGACACCGUCACUGAUGACAUAAAUAGUUCACAUAGCAAGAAAAAGGCUUCUAAAGUCGAUACCAUUUCAAAAAAUGUCAGUUCAAAAUAUAGACCAUUUUCAAAAGGAAUUGUUAGUAACUUCUUAGAAGUAUUUUUUCCUUAUAAUUUCAUGAAAUCAAAAAUAAAGAAUCAGUAAAGUGAA